CACUCUGUCAUCCAGGCUAGAGUGCCAUGACAUCAGACGGACUCACAGCAACCUCAAACUCCUGGGCUCAAAUGAUCCUCCUGCCUCAGCCUCUGGAGUAGCUGGGACUACAGGGAAUCAUGGCAGCUGAUGAAGAUAACAAAAAACAAGUUCUUAAGGAGAAUUAGCCAGAUGAAGUUAUGAAAAAUGAAAAAAAUGAGGGAUUAAUUGGUGAAAUUACAAAGGAAAAUAUUCAGCUAAAGGAAGAGAUCCAAAAGCUCAAAGCUGAGCUACAAGAGACUGCCAGAACAUUCCAGAUUAAAGAGGAUCUUCCUGAAACAAAGAUAAAAUUCGUAUUUGCUGAGACUCCUGAGAAUGACAACCAGUUUUCAAAUGUCUCCUGUUCAUUUCAAGUGAACUCAAAAGUUACUUAUGAGAGGGCACUACAAAAAGGACAUGCACUUAUCACCUUUGAAAAAGAAGAAGUUGCCCCAAAUGUGAUAAGAAUGAGGAGACAUCGUAUACAGAUAGACAAUGUAAAUGUGGAGGUCGUAGCCCAGCCAGUGCCAUUAAACUCUGGAGUCAGAUUCCAGGUUCAUGUAGAAGUUUCUAAAAUGAAAAUCAAUGUUACUGGAAUUCCUGAUGAACUGCCUGAAGAUCAGAUGAGAGACAAGCUAGAACUGAGCUUUUCUAAGUCCCGAAAUGGAGGCAGAGAAGUGGAAUGGGUGGAGUAUGACAAGCCGUCCGGCAGUGCCAUCAUCUUGUUUGUGGAAAUUGGAGUUGCUGACAAGAUUUGGAAAAGGAGAGACUAUCCUCUUCAUAUAAAUCGCAGCUGCCAUAGAGUUAUGGUUUCUUCAUACGUAGAAAAACACUUGAAAAAGUAUCAGGUAUUUUCAGGACUAUCUAAGAGGACAGUGCUUCUGACGGGAAUGGAAGACAUUCAUCUGGAUGAAGAAAUGGUGGAGGAUUUAAUUGGUGUUCACUUCCAGCGGGAAAAGAAUGGGGGUGGAGAAGUGGAUGUGGUCAAGUGUGCUGUAUACCAGCCUCACAUCGUGUACUUUGAAGAAGAGACUGAUGGGAUCACAUAAUAGCUAGCGCAUCUGAGCCCAAAUCACUGGAAAUGUUUGACAAAAAUGAAUAUCGU